CCUCCAAGCGAACCGUCGUCCCUCAUUUCGCAGCUUCUAACUCCCGCCCAACUUCCAUUCUCCUGUCUCCACCGCUCUCGGAGCCCAACAGUCAAUAUGGAAGUGGCAAUGAAAUCAUGGGAGCUCGACAACGACGUCAAACUCGUCGACCCGACCCGCGACGCACUGUACAACUACUCUCCCGCGCACCAAAAGAAACUCAACGAAGAAAAACCCUGGCGCCAAAACCCGCACCAUUUUCAGCACGUGCGCAUCAGCGCCGUAGCCCUCAUCAAGAUGGUGAUGCACGCGCGGUCGGGUGGGUCCAUCGAAGUCAUGGGCCUGAUGCAGGGCUACGUGGACGGUGACACCUUCGUGGUGACGGAUGCGUUUGGCCUGCCCGUCGAAGGUACUGAGACCCGCGUCAACGCCCAGGAUGACGCCAACGAGUACAUGAUUGAAUACUUGCGCCUGUCGCGUGAGCAAGGCGGGCGUGAGGAGAACGUCGUGGGUUGGUAUCACAGCCACCCUGGCUACGGAUGCUGGCUUAGUGGUAUCGAUGUCGGCACGCAACAGUUACAACAGAACUUCAAUGAGCCGUUCGCGGCGGUUGUGAUUGACCCGGACCGUACCAUCAGCGCAGGACGUGUGGAGAUUGGCGCCUUUAGGACGUUUCCCGAGAGUUAUAAGCCUGCUGAGUCGUCGGAGUCUGGGAGCAGAGAUGGCGCGGCGGGAUCGGGCACGUCGGUACCCAUGGCCAAGGCAGCGGAUUUUGGUGCGCAUGCUAGCAAAUACUACUCGCUCGAGGUUUCGCACUUCAAGUCGACGCUAGAUACGAGCCUGCUGGAGCUGCUGUGGAACAAGUACUGGGUACAGACUCUAUCUCAGAGCCCGCUCUUCACGAACCGCGACUAUGGCAACAAACAAGUAAUGGACUUGGGAUCCAAGAUUCGCGAGGCAACUGGGAUGCUGCAGCGAAACGCACGGGGUGGAAACAUGUUCAGCCAGAGCGGCAAGGCUGUGGACGCCGAGCUUGAGAAGAUGGCAAAGGAGAGUCAGGCUGUGAUUGGAAAAGAAGUGCAGGGACUAGUGGCCACGGAAGUCAAGGCGAAGAUUUUCAACGGACUUGGUGGGGGGCCCCCGGCACCUGCAAGUGCCCUGGCUGGAUGAAGUUUGUAUGCGAAGCUUGCAGUGGGCUGGAAAGUACUGGCAAGGACUUGCUGCAAAGGGUCCAACACAAGAUAUUAAUGAGACACGAAGAAGCAUUGGACGGCGUUUUAGAGCAGAGGGUACAUUCGGUAAACAACUCAAUACAGGACCCAAGAUAGAAGUUC